UUUCAAUGUCUUUGCCAUAAGGAAUUCCAAUGAAUGCUGUUUAUAAGCAAGUAGUUAUGGAGCAUAAAGAAGAUGAUAGAGUAGAACAAUUGGAAGCACAAAUCUAUAACAUGGAAAAAGAUCAUAGCAUGUGGAGAAAGAAGUAUUUUGAACUAGAAUCCUUAUAUGAUAAGUGUCGAUAUGCUGCUGAAAAAGUAAACAUUCAUUUGUUAAUUUUAGUCGGUCUAAUUAGAGGAUAGAAUCAAUCUAUUGAGAUAGGAUAAUUCACAAAUAUCAGCCUUACUUAGAGAAAAAGCGACAGAAUGUGAAAAAAUGAGAGUGAGAUUGAUACAAUUGGAAAAUGAGAAUUUUGAGUUAAAUACAGUUAGAUUGUAAGUAACCAAAUUCAAUGAUCUUCUGUAAUAAAAGUCCUAAGAUAUUGAGUUGUUAAGAAAGAAAAACUCAGAAAUCUAUGCUAGAGUAAUUGAAUUAGAAGGAAAUGAAUUAGUUAUUAGAGAUUACAAGGCUUAAGUAAACAGUUUGACAAAGGAUUUAGACGUUUGGAAAAAGUUGUAUGAGGAUUAGUAAUAAGAGAGAGUCAAGCUUUUAGAAAUCAUCAGAUAAUUUGAAUAAAACAAUCCUUUAUCAGGAUCAAUUAAAUCAUCCUAAUAAUAGGUUAGUGAAGUCAUUGAAAGAAGAGUUGUCACUACCUCAGAAACGACUAAUAAUACUCAAUAAUUAUAAUCAUAGCUUUUAUAAAACUAAGCAACCAUAUCUGAUCUAGAAGAUAGACUAGGAUUCGCAGAGAAGUAAUACGAUAAAUUGAAGCAAGAAUUAGAAGGAAGGAUUAAAUUGAAUAAUGAACUUAAACUAAAGUAAUAUCAUAUUUGUAUUAUAGAAUAACCUAGUAAGAGUGCGAAUUAAAAAAUAUUAGUUACUUGAAAUUAGAUAAUCAAAAAUUAAAGGAUCAACUUGAUUAAACUAAAAGAGAACUUGAUUAAUUUAGAAAAUAAUAUUAUACUACUUUAAGUAAAUUAUAGAUUGCUGAAUAAUAACUCAAUGAAUUAUACAAUUUAGAAAAUAGACUCUAAUUACUAUAAUAAGAGAGAGACACCUUAAACAAAUCAUUAAAAUAAAAAAAUGAAGACAUUGGACAAUUGUAAGACAAAGUUUCCUCAUUGUUAUCUUAAAUAGAGUAGUUGAGACUUAAUGAUUAAGCAAGAAAUGCUGCUGAAAAUGAAGUUAUCUAACUCAAAACUGAAUUAAACAAACUCUAAGGUAAUCUUAAAUAGAAAGAAUAAACUAUCUCGGAUUUACAUGGAAGAAUAAAUGACUUAUAAAAACAAUUAACUAAUGCUCAAUCUGAUUUUAAGAGGUUGUAAGCAAAGGAUUACUCAGGAUUAUAGGAUCAAGCAAAAUUAGUUAAUGAAUUACAGUAAAAACUACUAUAAUUGAGCUAAGAUAAUUCUAAAUUCUAAGGUUAAGCAUUCAACUUGGAAUCCAAGAACAAUUCAUAAGUUCAAGAUAUUCAAAGAUUGAAUUCUUUAUUGUAGACCAAAACUUAAGAGCUGUCGGAUGCAAAUAAGAAGAUUUAUGAUUUAGAAAAUGAUAAAACAAUCCCUGAUCUUAAGUUUUAGAACUCCUAAUUAAUUUCUGAGUUGAGAGAGUAAGAAACUGAGAACAAAGGAUUGUAAGAGAAAUUACAAAUCCUAGAAAAUUAAAUCAUUCAAUUAAAUACUAAGUUAACUACUGCUGAGGCUUAGGCUAAUUGCAAUUAGAAUGAGAAAACUAAGGUUGAUUAAUUGUUGACUUCCUAUUUGCUUCAAUUAUCAUAAUUAGAAAAAGAGUAAUAUAUUAAUUUAAUACCUGUAGAGUAGAUGAACUCAGAGUCAUAGCCCAAUAAGUAGCAUAAUAGAGUGCAGUAAAUAAAUAAUAAGAAUAACUCAUAUAAGCAUUAUAGAAAUAAUUAAAGGACUAAACCAGCUAAUUCAAUGAAUUAAGUAAAGAGAAUGAGAAAUUAUAUGUUGAUAAUUCUCAACUGUCUACUCGUAUUUCAUAAUUAAGCGAAUUACCAAACAAGAUCCAAAUUCUGGAUGAGGGACUACAAAAACUUUAAUAAGAUUAUAAUAAUGAAUUAUAAGCCAAUGAGACACUAAAUAAACAAUUGAACGAUGCCUUAAAAGUGAAGAACGAUCUAGAAAAUAAAAUAGCUAUGUUAUCAACUGAAGUUGAAAGAUUUUAGUAUAAAUUAAAUAGCAGAUAAAACGAGGCUGAGUAAUUAAAGAAACAAAUAGUAGAUUUGGAGACUCAAAUAGCUUAAUUGAAAUAAUUGGAAUCAGAAAAUUAGGUUCUGGCAGACAAGAUUGCUCAACUUGAACAACAAAUAAUUAACGAAGCAAAUAAGAAUUUAGAGCAUCUAUUGAGGGUCAGUUAGGAUGAAACCAAAUCAUAUGUUUUGGAUAACAAUAAUCUCAAAUAGCAAUUAGAUUAAAAGGAAGUGGAAAUUAAGUAAAAGGAUGAAUCCUAUAGAUAAUUAGAAUAGAAAUAUUAAUAACUUCUUAGUUCAAAUAAGAAUUUAGAGGCUUAAAAUACUCAAAUUGCUGAAUUAUAAAAUGUAAUUGCAGGAUAAGAGAAUGAUAUACAAAAAUUCUAAGAUCUAAUUGAAGAAUUAAGAGAUAAAAACAAUGACUUAGUAGCAGAGUAUAAUUUAAUUAAGAUUAAUUUAGAUCUCAAAAAUUGUCAAUUGAAUUGACUUAAUAAUAAGUAGAAAUUGCAGAUUUGAAAAAUCAGAUUGAAAAACUCAAUACUCAAGUGAAUAACAAUUAAAAUUAUGACUAAUUAAUAGAAGAAUUGAAGAAGAAGAUUGAGAAAUUGCAAGAGGAAAAAGUAUAAUUUGAUUAUAUUUUAUCAUAGUACUAAUUAGAAAACAAGGUGGCCUUAUUGUCAAGUGAAAUAGAGAGAAUGAGAGUUAAAUAUGAUGCCUAAGGAAAUAAAUUGAAUAUAUCAGAGGAGUAGAAACAAGGCUUAACCAAGGAAUUGGAAUAAGUCCAUAAAUUAUUUGAAGACUCCUAAGAUGUAUCUAUAUAUUACUAUGAUUAAAAUAGGAAAUUGAUAAAUUGUAGGAAUAGUUGUCAAAGCAAAAAGAAUUGGAAUAAAAGGAAUAAGCUUUAAGCUUAACUUUGGUAAAUGCAUUCAAUGAAAUUGAUGCUUUGAGAUAAUAAUUGUCGAGAGUUUUUAAUGAAGCUAAUGAAUAAAAGAAGGCCAAUAUAGCGUUGGCUACAUAAUAAUAAUGA